AUGCGUUCGCUUACCUCUAUAUCGAUUGGCAUAAUUGUCGGGGCUGUCACUUCAGUGGCCCGACCUGACGCCAAGGCAUUUGCUCAUAAUGAAGUGAGAGAGCUUGUGCCGACGAAGGUGGCUCCGUUAGAGCUGAGAAACGUGGCAGCGGCCGCCACAACGAUUUCUGAGCCUGCUCCGUUCAAGGUCACUCUCUGCCCACAGCCAACAGGAAUCUAUGAAGCUGGACCACUGAACCUGAAGACCGAAGGAAUCUUUGGCUGCCAGGCUGGCUAUGUUUGCAACCCCCCAAAGCCCGAUGGGUGCAACUUCUGGCCAGGUCUUCCAGAAGCUGAUUUUCGAUGCAAUCCAGCGGACUGCAUCCCAGCUCCACCACUGCUGCUUGCAGAUUGGCAAAAGGGAAAGACGGGCUAUAUACCACAUCAAGACGGCUAUUUCUACUUGGAUCCACACAUUUUUGGCUUGACCUACGAGAUCUUCGAAUACCACGUGGUCAAGAAGAUUGAGGCUGGCUGCACCAGCACUUAUACGACUGGCAACUGGGGGCCACAUGCAGAGGCCUACGGGUCGGUGCCAACAGGUUCGUUGUCACCUGGAAAGCGUGGCUCCAGUCCGUUUGAGCAGCAAGCUCGUCGCAAGGUCAAUUAUGGUGCAAAACGCCAAGAGCCGACCCCGACAUCAGAGCCGUCCUCAAUACAAACUUGCAUGGGCGAUUGUAGUAAUGCACUUGUCUUCGUACAAUCGAGUGCCCCAAAUCCCGGGUUUUGCGACUUGCCUGACUUUGUGUCAGCAUUCGACGAUUGCAUAAACUGCGUUGCUGACGCCUUUCACAUCUCCAACACCAGCAUAACUCAGAUAGAAAACAUUUUGGAUCUAGCAUCGUCCACUCCGCCAUCCUCUGCUUCAAACCCGCCUUCUUCGCAGCAAGCAUCGUCUACUCCUUCAUCCUCUGCUUCAACACCGCCCUCUUCUGGUGCGGGAUCGUCAGCAUCUUCCACUACUGGGAGCCCAGGAAGCUCUUCUGCAAUAGGCGUCACACCCCCCAGCUCAGACUUUUCUUCUCCCGGUCAAUUGGAGAGAGCAAGCUCAACAAACCCAGGCAACCCUGGAGCUCCUGGCGGCGGUGCUGAGCCAACUGGAACAAACGGCAAUAGCGGUACCCCUGGUGGUGUUGUUGGGCCUACCGGAUCGCCUCCUGUUGGUGGUGGUGGCAGUCCUCCUGGUAAUGGCAAUACCAGCGUAGGUGGCGUAUCAGGAACAGGAGCCAACCCUCCUUCGCCAACAAACAGCUUGCCCCCUCCUCUUUCCAACGACCUCUCCCGCCCAAGUGAAAACUUUGGCCUCCUAAUUGUGGCCCUCUUGGGUCUUUUGGUCUUCUAA